UUCCGGCUGGCGCGGCGCGGCGGGGAGGCAGCGCCGGGAGCCUCGUGUGAGGGAGCGCGGAGCCUGUGCGUGCCCGCGCCGCCGCCCGCCGGCCCCACGCACCCGCCCGCCUCGUCCGCCCGGCGCCCACCGCCCCCAGGAUGUUCAAGAAAUUUGAUGAAAAGGAGAAUGUGUCAAAUUGCAUCCAGCUGAAGACUUCAGUUAUUAAAGGUAUUAAGAAUCAACUGGUAGACCAGUUUCCUGUUAUUGAACCAUGGCUAAACCAAAUUAUGCCAAAGAAAGAUCCAGUCAAAAUAGUAAGAUGUCAUGAACAUAUAGAAAUCCUCACUGUGAAUGGGGAAUUGCUGUUCUUCAGACAAAGAGAAGGGAUUUUUUACCCAACACUAAGGUUGCUUCACAAAUACCCAUUUAUUCUACCACAUCAGCAGGUUGAUAAAGGCGCCAUUAAAUUUGUACUAAGUGGAGCUAAUAUAAUGUGUCCUGGCCUGACAUCUCCUGGAGCGAAGCUUUACCCUGCUGCUGUUGAUACUGUUGUUGCAAUAAUGGCAGAGGGAAAGCAACAUGCAUUAUGUGUGGGAGUAAUGAAGAUGUCAGCUGACGACAUUGAGAAGGUCAACAAAGGGAUUGGUAUCGAAAAUAUCCACUAUUUAAAUGAUGGCCUUUGGCAUAUGAAGACAUACAAAUGAAACAAAAGGAACUGUGUUACUCCAAAGGAAUGCACUUAGAUUAAAUGUGGACUGCUUUGUAAUUCCUUGUUUUUAAUGUGACUGAAUGUACAAAUUAUUUUGUUCUGUGGCUAUGCUAAAUAAAUAAGUGAAUGCGAAA